UCUAACCGGUCAACUCGUUAUCGCAAUGACGGUCGUUGAGGUUAAAAAUAAUUUAACGAUAAAUAAAACACAUUUCGUAUUUUGUUGUUAGUCGUAUGAGUGAAAUAUCAACAUCUUGUAAAGAUUUCUAAUGUGCAGUGAAGUUUUUGUUAAGGCAAAUAGGUACAUUUUUAUAAAGUGUUUCCAUCCGUUAGUAUGCGAAGUGAAACGAUAUGCAUGAAAACCAUUUUGCAUUUCGCAUAUUUCGUCACUGACACUGAGCACCUCUUAUAAAUCAUGGAUUUGAAAGAUGGAUGAUGAUGAUGAUUUUUUUGAUACAAAGUCUGUAAAUUCUUUUUCUUCAUUUGGGAGAAGAAGAAGCAGUGAUAUAGACAAAAGACUUUCAAGGAGCACAGUUUAUUAUUCUGCUUGGGAUAUGGAAUUAGACAAUUUGGUUAGCACACCAGAAAAACAAAAAAAGGUCUCUAAUAAAAAUGUCACUACGUAUUCUGAGUGGAAAGAUAGGAACUGGAGGAGUUUUUCUCAGAGUGAUUUAAGUGUAGAUUUUGUGUUAGCUUAUACUGAAAAUGACAACUCUGAACAUAAGCGAAAAAGGGAAAAGUUUGAAGCAAAUUUACAAGAACAGGGUCUGUUGUUGGAAAAAGAGGAAAACCAAAAGAUAUGUUUCGUGAAAAUUCAUGCUCCAGAGGAGGUACUCAGCAGAUAUGCGGAAGUUUUAAAAUUGAGAUUACCUUUAAAAGACCCAAUUUCCGACCAGGAAAAACCCAACAUGUUGGAUUCGAUGGUGUCGAAUAUUUUAAAAAUACUUCAAGUUGAAGUUGAUGAAAAUAAAUUUCCUAAACAAAAAUAUAAACUGACUGCACCAUAUGCAAGAAAUAAAAGUUAUUUGUUUGACACAGAAUCGCCGAAUUUCUUUUCGACAUCCGUUCGUUUGAUAGUGGUCUCGUACAUUCUUGAACGUGAAAAAUUCGACGAAGAGAACCAAAAUAGGGGCAUUAAAAUGCUUACGUCAGAAGGUGUGUAUAAAGCUGCGUAUCCUCUGCAUGAUGGGGAUCCUAAGACACCAGGUUCGCAACGUCACCUUUUGCUUACCGAGUGGGCAGCAGUGUCCAAGUGCAUGAAAUUACAGCCCAUAGAUUACAUAAAAGAAUAUUUCGGUGUCAAAUUUGCUCUGUACUUCACCUGGUUAGGAUUUUACACCCACAUGUUGAUCCCUGCGGCUUUGAUCGGUUUGGUCUGUGUUAUAUUCGGUCUGGCAACUCUUGAUAACGACACUAUUAGUCGAGACAUUUGUAACUUGAACAUCACAAUGUGUCCACUUUGCGAUAAAUAUUGCGAUUACUGGCAACUGUCCAAGACUUGUAUUUAUGCGAAGGUGGCUCGAGUGAUAGAUAAUCCUAUGACAAUCGUCUUUGCCGUCUUUAUGUCUUUCUGGAGUGCUUUAUAUCUGGAACUGUGGAAGCGUUACAGUGCUGAGAUUACUCAUCGAUGGGGUCUGACAGGGUUCGACUUGGAGGCCGAGCCUCCGAGGACCGAGUACUUAACUAGAUUAGCUAAUGCCAAAAAACAUAAAUUGAAUGUUACACUCCAAAUGAAUGAGCCUGUGGUGCCCUUUUGGCGUGUUAAAGUUCCUUCUAUUAUUCUUAGUUUUACUUUGGCAAUUUUUUGGAUAUGUUUAGCUUUGAGUGUGGUCGUUGGUAUAAUUAUAUACAGGAUGUCUCUAGUCACUUCUAGCGCUUUAUAUGCAGACAGAUUAAGUUAUCGUGUGUACGUGGUGCCUGUUACUGCUGGUCUAAUAAAUUUGGUUUGCAUUGUAAUUUUAAAUCUUAUUUACGAUAAAUUGGCUGUUUGGUUGACUGAAAUGGAACUGCAGAGGUCCCAGACCGAGUACGACAACAGUUUGACUCUUAAAAUUUACAUGUUCCAAUUCGUCAAUUAUUAUUCAAGUAUUUUUUACAUAGCAUUUUUGAAAGGGAAAUUUGUCGGAUACCCUGCGAAAUACAAUAAAGUCUUUGGAUAUCGACAGGAAGAGUGCAAUCCUGGUGGGUGCCUUAUGGAGCUUACCAUCCAAUUGGCGAUUAUAAUGAUCGGCAACCAAGCGAUUAACAGUAUCUUAGAGCUUUUGAUUCCGUUCUUAAUGAAAUUAUAUAACACGUUUAUGAUAAAGACAGGUUUGGAUACUGCGGGUAGUGACGAUGCUAUAGUCAGCUGUAACCAAUGGACCGAAGAUUAUAAGUUAACAGAGUUGGGAGAUACAAGGCUGUUCACGGAAUAUCUUGAGAUGGUGCUCCAAUACGGGUUUGUGACAAUUUUUGUCACAGCGUUUCCCUUAGCGCCUCUAUUCGCUUUAAUAAAUAACAUUUUUGAAAUGCGUCUCGAUGCCAAAAAAUUCAUUAAAUAUUAUCGACGCCCGGUGCCACGACGAGUCAAAAAUAUCGGCGUCUGGUUUCGAAUAAUCGACUUCCUUGGUCGUAUUUCUAUUGUUUCCAAUGCCUUUAUAAUCGCCUUUUCUUCAAACUUCAUACCAAAACUUGUCUAUCUGUUAAAAGAGAACAAAGAACAUACAGAGGAAGGUUAUUUAAAUUUCACUCUCUCGUUUUUUGAUACGAGAGACUUCCGGGUCGGUGCUGCACCUGUCAAUAGUUCAAUCGACGUUGCCAUGUGUCGAUAUCCAGAUUAUCGAUAUCCUCCCUGGCACGAAAUGCGAUAUAAAAGACCGUCAGUUUAUUGGCACAUUUUGGCGGCUCGAUUGGCCUUCGUGGUUGUCUUCCAGAAUCUCGUAAGCAUAGUAGUCGCAAUCGUGCAAAGUAUACCGGACAUGCCACGAAAACUCAGGGACCAGAUUAAGAGGGAAGCAUAUACUGUUAAUGAAACUAUCAUUAAGGAGGAGACACAACGGGCCAGGGAACGAUCUAAGAAAGAUAAUUCUCGAGAUUUUAUUCAUAAUGAGAGGAAUGGAAGUCUCCCAGGAGGUAAUUAUGACAGGGGAGAACCAUUUGGUGGUGUCAUCCAAAGAAAUAGAAACUCUGUGUACCAUGACAUAUCUGAGACUUAAUUGGUACUAUCUGAUUAAUUAUAUUAACAUUAUUUAUUAUUAUCUCGCUACUUCUGCAAUCUUUGCUAAAUACUCUAUUUUAUAUUAUUUUAUAAUUAUUCAAAAGAGAUUAGCUGUUGCCUGAGGCCUUUUUGCCUUGCCUUUUAGAUGUUAUAGGAGCUACGUUUUAUAUAAUUUUAUUGUAAUUAUUGUAAUAAAAAUUUUACCUAUGCUGUUAACAAA